GGGCGCCGCGCACACUGCUGUGGCGCGCGGACAAGUGGCGCACGUGUCUCCGGGAGUUCGGCCCUGCGUUCGCCCAGCUCCUUUAGCCCUCGCGGUCCAGGGCGCCCCCUAGGCCCCCUUGGUGUCCGCCCACCCCUCCUGCGGGGAGGUGGGCCCGCACAGUUCCCCGCGCUCAGCCCGGAGCAACUUUCAGCAGCAACUUUUGUCGGUGGAGCGGCGCCGGGUGGAACGGGGCACUGCGCAUGCGGAGCUCCAAAUUCAAACAGCUGUUUCCAGAGGCUGGAGGGCGAGUGGGACCGGGAGCCGCUGGGGUUAGGGGAGGGAUUCUGCAGGAGGUGGCCUCUCGGGAGCCAUGGUGGACCGGGGCCCUCUGCUCACCUCGGCCAUCAUCUUCUACCUGGCCAUCGGGGCGGCGAUCUUCGAGGUGCUAGAGGAGCCGCACUGGAAAGAGGCCAAGAAAAACUACUAUACGCAGAAACUGCAUCUGCUCAAGGAGUUCCCGUGCCUGGGUCAGGAGGGCCUGGACAAGAUCCUGCAGAUAGUAUCUGAUGCUGCAGGACAGGGUGUGGCCAUCACCGGGAACCAGACUUUCAACAACUGGAACUGGCCCAACGCAAUGAUUUUUGCAGCUACAGUCAUCACCACCAUCGGCUAUGGCAACGUGGCCCCCAAGACUCCCGCCGGGCGCCUCUUCUGUGUCUUCUAUGGUCUCUUUGGGGUGCCGCUGUGUCUGACCUGGAUCAGUGCCCUGGGCAAGUUCUUCGGGGGACGUGCCAAGAGGCUGGGCCAGUUCCUCACCAAGAGAGGCGUGAGCCUGCGCACGGCUCAGAUCACGUGCACGGCCAUCUUCAUCCUGUGGGGUGUGCUGGUGCACCUGGUGAUCCCGCCCUUCGUGUUCAUGGUGACGGAGGAGUGGAACUACAUCGAGGGCCUCUACUACUCCUUCAUCACCAUCUCCACCAUCGGCUUCGGCGACUUCGUAGCCGGUGUGAACCCCAGCGCCAACUACCACGCCCUGUACCGCUACUUCGUGGAGCUCUGGAUCUACCUGGGGCUGGCCUGGCUCUCCCUCUUCGUCAACUGGAAAGUGAGCAUGUUUGUGGAGGUGCACAAGGCCAUUAAGAAGCGGCGGCGGCGCCGGAAGGAGUCCUUUGAGAGCUCGCCACACUCCAGGAAGGCCCUGCAGGUGGCCGGCGGUGCAGCCUCCAAGGAUGUCAACAUCCUCAGCUUUCUGUCCAAAAAGGAGGAGACGUACAACGACCUCAUCAAGCAGAUCGGGAAGAAGGCAAUGAAGACGGGCGGGGGUGGGGAGCGGGUCCCAGGGCCGGGCCUGGGGCCCCAGGGGGGUGGGCUGCAGGCCCUGUCCUCCUCCCUGACCCCGCUGGUGGUCUACUCCAAGAACCGGGUGCCCAGCCUGGAAGAGGUGUCCCAGACGCUGAAGAGCAAAGGCCACGCGUCUCGGCCCCGCUGCGCGGAGGCUGGGGCAGGGCCGCCCGAGGAGGGCUCCCCCACCUCCGAGGUGUUCGUCAACCAGCUGGACCGCAUCAGCGAGGAGGGUGAGCCGUGGGACGCCCAGGACUACCACCCGCUCAUCUUCCAGAACGUCAGCAUCACCUUUGCGAACGAGGAGACCGGCCUCUCGGAUGAGGACACCUCCAAGUCCUCGCUGGAGGACACCCUGGCCGUGGAGGAGAGGCCCCAGGAGGGGGCCACGACCGAGACGUCCCUGAACCUGAGCGAGUUCCCCUCGUCGGGCGAGUUCCCCUCGUCGGACGAGUCCACCUUCACCAGCACUGAGUCGGAGCUCUCCGUGCCUUACGAACAGCUUAUGAACGAGUACAAUAAGGCAAACUGCCCCAAAGGCACAUGAGGCGGGGCCGGCUCCCCACCCCACCUGCCAUGGCUUCUGUUCUCCUCAACCUGGGGCGUCCUACUGUGGCUGGGACCCGGCCCCUGGUGGGGGGCGGCCCUGGCACUGGGAGUGGGGGGCCAGGGGCCUUCCUCACCUUCAUCCCCUGCAGCUGGAUGCUACCGGUCAGACACGGCACGCCCAGGACAGGGCCUCUGUUCUCCAGCAGAACGGGCACCCUGGCAGCGGGAGGCAUCUGUCCUGAGCACGGCUGGCAUAUGUGAUGGUUCACAGACAUGUGGGCUGGCAGGACUGAUUCCGGGGAGGCCUGCCCCUGCGUGGGUCUUUGCCCCAUCGUUCGGUUAAGACUGUCACACGGUUCUCUUAGGUCGGGGGCCUUGGCCGUUUGAGUUCACCAGUAUUCACGGGCUCCUGUGCGCCCGGCACUGGGCCAGGCAUUUCAGAGAGAGGGUGAGGGUGGUGUCAGACCCUGGUGGGGUGGGGAACCGCAGGGCCCCUGCGUGGGGCAUGUGUUUAACGGUCCCCCGGUCCCACCUUGUCUGCCUGGCUGUCGCGCCUACCGCAGACCUCAGUAGGGAGGGGCCCAUAUGGGGAAGGGGCCAGGGAGCUAACAGGCAGGUGCUGAAACACUCCUGAUACAGGGAACCCAGAGCCAGUCCCAAGUGUGGCCCAGGGUCCCAGCCCUUCUUGUGGACUGAGUGGGACGGAGCCCAGCCCAGAGUCUGGUUCCCUGUUUCAGACACCCUUCAGCCAAGCAUUGGCAGGCGCAGGCUUCUGCCUUCCAGGAAGCGGUGGGAGGAAGAGAGGCUGGGGCUCCUGGAGCUGGGCCGCCGGGGAGCUGCAGGAGUGGGCUCGGCUCUGGCCUGUUCUGCCCCCACCUUCCCGUCCCGUGUCUCCUCAUCCCUGUACCCAGAGCAAGGACCUCACCGCUCCCCAGAUGGCUCUUGGCUCACAAGUGGGGAAUGGCCAAAUAUGUGAAUCCAGCUCCUCCCUCCAGCUGCUGUUUGGUGUGUGUGUGUGCCUGUCUGUCUGUCUGUCUGUCUGUCUGUCUAAGAAAGGAAAGGAAUUGCAAUGGGGGGAGCAAAAGAUAAUGUGAAACUGCACGCAGACUGUUUCUGGCGCGGGGCCGGCAGAGUUCUUGGGUCCUCCGUGAUGUGCACCCUUGGGCUGGCCCGCUCUGCCCUGCAUGUUUUGUUUUGUUAUUUUUUAAAUGAACUGCUGUUUUUGUAUAUCUGGCAUCUCUCCUUGGCUUCAGAGCCCGAAGGGAGAAAAGGUGCAAGAGUGGGGUCCCAAGGAUCAGGAUGUCCAGUGUUUACUCUCCCACUCCUCAACCCAGUUGGGCCUUUCUCAGUGACCUCAGCCAAGGUCAUGGUCAGAGUGGGGGAGGGACAUCGGUCACAGGCGACUGGAUGGUGGGCAGGAGGUGCCACCCAGACAGCCUCUCUGCCUCUCAGCUCCCUCCCCAAUCUGUGGAGCCAGAGAGGGCCAGAAUCCCACCCGCCCCCAGCAGCAAAGACGGUUGGUGGGCAUGGGUGUCCACACCCCCACUCAGCCUGUGACCCAGGGGCAUGCUGGCCCCGCAUUAGGGUGGGGAGGAGCGGUCUUCUGUUUUUCUGUGAAAUGUUUAAACGAGCUUGUCUUAAUUUUCCUGACCCCACUUUGCUGGGGUGUCGCUGGCUGUCCUGGAAUCACACACACUGUAUGUACAUACUGGCAAUGAUGUCAAAUGUAAUUUAUUUUAACAUUUUUACAAUAAAA